AUGCCGCGCAGGACGAGUCAGCGCGGGGGAAAAGCGACAAGGGCAACGCGACAGUCAACCCGUCAGCGAAGAAAGCCCGAAGAUGAUAUUCCAGAAGUUUAUCGCGACAUGCUCGCCGAAGUCGCCGCCGAGCAACAAGCUUCUGCUUCUACCUCGCGAGCCCCGAAGCGCCGGAAGAUAAGCGAGGAACCAUCCACCAAGAUCGAGCUCGAUUUUGAUCUAUUUGGCUCCUCAAUAGACGCCAAAGAUGCCGAUGACGCGGCGCCAACGCUACAACAGGUCGUCUUUGAUGACUUCGAGGCCUCGGAUGAAUCCGAUGCUGAGUUCGAAGACGUAGAUCUCGAACCAGCCACGGGCGAAGUUGUUGAAAACGGACAACUCGAGCAGAACACCCUCGAACUCGACUUGUCCAGCACAAGUACGUCAAGGCGUGCCGUUCAACGACGCAAGCCUGUUGGCCUAGCAGAACGCAAGCUUCGUCUAGAUGUGCACAAAGCACAUGUCAUUUUCUUGCUGGCUCACCUCGCCUGCCGUAAUCGAUGGUGCAACAGCGAGUCAGUACAUUCCGUCUUGAAGCCUUUCGUAUCUCGUAAGGUGAUCUCAUUGCUUCAUGUCGACGAGUCUAAACCUCAAUAUCAAAGAUCACACUCUUUCAACAAGGGCAUUGAGGAAAUCUGCGCCUUGUGGAGGGAGCAAUGGAAAAUUACUGCACGAGGGAUGAGACGUGCUCAUUGGAGAGAAGAUGUCGACGCGGUCAAGGAGAGCGACGAUGCUGAGGAUUUGAUCGACUUCGACGACUUCAAAGCCGCAGCGGUUUCUCGCUCUGGCUCGAGAGAUCUGGGAGCUCAACUAUUCUGCGCACUACUCCGCUCAGUUGCCGUAGAUGCCCGGUUGGUAUGCUCUCUUCAAGUAUUACCGUUUUCUGGAGUUGCCAAGGGGCAAACUCCCGAAAAGCUCAAACCCCAGUAUCUUUAUGCGCCCGCUCAGAAUUAUGGUUCAGCCUCUCGAGACACGAAGACCACUACUGGGCCAGAACGAGCUCCGAACCCCAAGAAAAAAAGGAUUGUCGAAUCUCCCUUCCCAAUAUUUUGGGUCGAAGUAUUUUCCCCUUCUGUGCAGACAUGGAUCCCGCUGGACCCUCUCGUGCGCAACACAAUCAACAAACCGAAGACGGGCUUCGAACCUCCUGCGUCUGAUCAACUAAACAGCAUGACUUAUGUGAUUGCAUUUGAUGAUGACGAUUCGGCAAAAGAUGUGACAAGGCGCUACACUCAAUGGUACAACGCAAAGACACGUACGCAACGGGUGGAAAGUACCAAGGGCGGCGAGAAAUGGUGGGAGGUGACAAUGGACCAUUUUCGGAAACCCUUCAGCGAGAUUAGAGACGAGAUAGAGGACGCGAGCCUCCUCAAGCGCGCCGAGAGCGAACCCAUGCCCAAAAACAUUCAAGAUUUUAAGGGACAUCCUAUAUAUGUUCUGGAGCGGCAUUUGCGCAUGAAUGAGGUCAUUCAUCCUCGACAUGAGGUGGGCAAAGUGAGUUCUGGAGCCAUGAAAAGUGCGAAGCUUGAGGGUGUGUUCCGCAAACGAGAUGUCCAUGUAUGUCGCACUGCGGAGGCGUGGUACCGGAGGGGUCGUGAUGUAAAUGAAGGAGAGCAACCCCUGAAGCGAGUGGUUCUUAAGCGACAGCGGAAUCAGAACGCUCCAGCUGCCGAGGACCUCGACAACGAAGAGGAGGCUCAUGAAGGGGUGGCUCUUUAUGCGGAGUAUCAGACCAGUCUGUACGAACCGCCACCUGUCGUCGAUGACAAGAUCCCCCGAAAUGCGUAUGGAAACCUCGAUGUCUACGUCCCGUCGAUGAUACCAGCUGGUGCAGUCCACAUUCGACAUCCGCUCGCAUCUGCAGCCGCUCGCGUCCUCAGCAUUGAUUACGCAGAUGCUGUAACAGGAUUUCAGUUCAGAGGCCGCCAGGGCACGGCCAUUAUUGAUGGUGUGGUCGUAAGCAUGCAUAUGACGAAUGCUAUGAUCAAUGUCAUUGAAGGUCUCGAAGCUCAGGCGGCGGAAGAGGUGCUCGAAGCGAGAACCAGAGUCAUCCUGGCGACAUGGAAAAGAUGGCUUACUGCUUUGCGCGUGCGCGAGCAUGUACAUCGGCAUUACGGCCAUCAGACAAAUGGCGCCAAGGCUAAAGAUGCCAAUGCAGAACGAGACACAGCCUACCAACAAGAGGAAGAUGGUGGGGGAUUCAUGCUUGACCAGGCAGAUCUCGAUCAAAGUGAGAACGAAGCUGCCGGCACUGUCCCUUCGGCAUCGCCAAACCCGAAACCUCUGAACCAGCUUCUUCCUGCGGAAGUUGUGCACCAAGAUGUGAUUGUCGUAAGGUCUCCGAAUAAACUCGCACAGCCGCCCUCCAAUCUAUUGCUCCCUCAGGACCAAGUCGCAGUGGCACCAACAAAUGAGGUCAAAAGUGGAUGUUUCCUCCUUGAAGCGGAUAACGCUGGCGGAGGCUUCAUUGCCCAAGAAGAGAUGGACCCGGACUCUUCCACAAGCCGCAAGCACGAACACGCCGCGGUCAUGCAUGGCAUGCUCGCGAACGAUGAAGGUGGUGGUGGUUUCAUUCCUGAAGAAGACAAUGGAGGCGGCUUCCUGCCCGAUGAUGAAAACGAAGACAACGAACCAUCCCAUCCGCAGGCAAGUACGGCCGGCUUCAUCAAGAAGGAAGAUGUCACCCUUCCCGAGACAGAGCACGCGUCACUCGAGCAGAGACUGAAGAAUGCUUCUGCCGCUGCGGAAAAUGCGACCGCCGCCGGCGGAGAUAGCACUGCCAAGCCCCCGAACGGAAUAACAGGAGGGGAGACAAGAGAGGAGGACCCAGCACCCUCAACACAUAUUCCUGAUGCGGACAAUCUAGCGUCGAGUGAUCAGCCACUACCGGCGAACGCCACGGUCGAGCCGCAGCAGCCGACUUUUGGGAAUGGGGUUUCCACAGCUGGUCAAGCCGGCGAAGGAGAAAAAGAAGACGAAGUAAAAAAUGGUCCUCCAGGGCUCCAGAGUCCCGGUUCUGGUUCUGGUUCUGGUUCUGGUUCUGGUUCAGUUUCUGUAGCGGGCUCUCUCCUCUCACACGAUCCUGAAGACGACGACGCCGAGCCCGAGUGGUUACUGGCCAGCCUGGGAGAGAUUGACUAG